AUGGCGACGGCGGUACCCCCGCGCAUCUCCGAUGGCUCCGAUACGAGCAUCCCCGGCGCCGCGACCGGCACCCUCGCCGGCGGCGGCGCCCUCGACGUCGAGGGCGACGCGGUGCGAGACGCCAUCGACAAGCUCCAGAGGGCGCUCACCCCGAGCGUCGUGCUGGACCGCGAGCUGGACGCGAGACGGAACGACGCCGCGAAGGUGGCGAGCGGCGCCGCGUACAAGUCACCGUACCACGACGCGCAUCACGCCACCAUCGUCGCCGCGUCCGCGCUGCUCGGCAGGGCGCUGGGCGAGGGCGGCGUCGGCACCGGAUUCGUCUACGGCGCGGAGACCAUGGUGCGCGACGCCCUGCUCAUGAUCGAGGGCGCCGCGCGCGACGCGCUUCGAAGGGACGAGGGCGAGCUCCCGCGGCUGUUCGAUAUCGCCGAGGGCAUGCGCAAGCGACGCGACGACGCCAGGGCGGCGGCCAGGCAGCUCGUGCUCGCAUUCUCGCGACAAAAUGCCGGGAUGGGAUUCCGGGAACGCCAACGACUGCGAGACGCCGUGGCGCAGGCUAAAGCGCAGUCGACGCGAGAGACGGAGCAGGAGAAGGCGAGGCUGGCAAAAGAACACGAGUCCAUGCGGGAGGAGCUGGAGCUCAUGCAGCGGCAGCUCAUCGCGGCGCGCGACGCGUCCAACGCGCAGAUUGUGCAGCUGUCGAAGCAGGUGCAACACGAGCGCAACGCGAGGGGGGGCGACGCGCUGGAGCACCAGCAGACGGGCGAGCACGUCCGCGCCAAGCUCGAGAUGGCGGAGGUUAAGAUUGCGGAUCUCGCGAAUCAGCUGCGAAACGCCCAGCGGGAGCGCGCGAUCGAAAAGGCGCAGCUGGAGGAUCAGUUGAGCGAGGCUUUGGAGGUUGGGCAGGGCGCGAGGGCCCACGCGGUGAACGCCCGGACCGUGCUCCGUCGACAAAAGGGCCGCGCGCUGAGGGAGAGGUGCUUCGUGGUGUGGAAGAUCAAGGCUGCCGCGUACGCCCUCCUCAAGAAGCAGACGAUGGAGGCGGCGGAGACUGUAAAGGCUGUGAAGAAGGGGUACGAGGUUCAAAUCGCAAAGACGGAGAAGGCGUGUCUCGAGAAGGUUGAAUCCAUGCGCAACAAACUGAGGGGCCGUGACCCGAGGGAUGCGAACAAACCCGCGCUCGGAGACUCCACGAACCAGAAGAAGGGCGGGAACAAGGCGCCGCGGGCCGAUCCGUGGUCCUUCCUCGACGAAUCCACCAAGCUCGAGCGAGAGAUCGCGAAACGAGAGCGCGAGGAGGAGAGAAGGGCGCGGGAGACGGUGGCGAUGGCGAUGGCGGAGGACCACAUCUCAAAGAUCGACGAGUACUACGCCAAGGCGGCGGAGGCUGCGCGCCAACGCAACGCGGGUCGCGACGAUCCCAACCCGGAGAUUGUCAUGGUGGCGCACAACGUCUCCCUCGCGUCGCACCCGCCGCCGUCGCCGCUCUCCAUGCCGCUGACAGCCGCGAGGGAGCCGAGACUUUCGAAGGGGUUUGUUCACACGUACGGGGGCGGGGAUAGAGGGGCGACGCCGAGGAGCGGCGCGUCUUCGGCGCGGUCGAUGAUCGAACCCACGCCCCCGAGGACCGCCGGGAGGGUCCCGGCGCCGACGAGGGUUCCCGUGCGGCGCGCGGAGUCGUCGUCGUCGUCCUCGUCAGAGGAGACGGAGGACCCGUGGAAACCCGAGAGUCCCGAGCCGCCGCCGCCGCCGCCGCCAAAACUCGGCGAACCCGCGGAGGAACUGGCGUUCACGGAGAGCCUCUACGGACUCGUGCCUCCGCCGCAGGUUCCCCUCGGUCGGAAGACGAGAGACGCCGGCGUCGCCGCGCCGAGGACGGAGGAAGAGGUCGAGCCCGCGCCGCCGCCGCCGCAGAGAAAGUUGGAGCCGCUCACGGCGGCGGCGGCGGGGAUGUCGGGGAUCGGCCGAGGGGCAGGAAGAGGAGGAGGACUCGCGCCGUUGAUGGCGAGGAGUGGGGACGAACCGGCCGUCGCCGCGAGCGUCGAGCCCGCGAGGGACCGAGCGGAGCCGCUCCGAGCGGAGACGACGGAGAUUCGAUCCGAUCCGAUCCGAUCGGAGCUCCCGACGGCGACGACGUUCAUCCCGCCGCCGCCGCCGAGAGCGGUUCCAACUUUCCCGAGGUCGCCGCCCAGGUCGCCGUCGCGACCGAUUCCACCUUUCCCGAGGUCGACGCGAACGAGCGAGGGGGGAGGGAGCCGGCCGGGCACGUCGGGCGGACGCUCGGAGGGUUCGGGGUUCCCGUCGCGACCGCCAACCUCGGGGGGUAGCAGGCCGGGGACGGCGGGGGCGAGUCGACCGGGGACGGCGGGGACGGCGGGGGCGGCGGGGGUGAGGAGCUCAGUCGCGUCGCUCGCCGCUUCAGAGGCGCACACCGAGUACAGCGAGGACUUUGACGAUCUCCCGGAGGACCUGGACCUGCCGUGA